AUGGUUGAGGAGAAUCAAGCAAUGCAAGGGAGAGAAGGCUUAAGAUGCAAGCCGAUUUGGAAGAAUGAUCAAAGGAUGGAAGAUCUGAUGCAGAGGAGUAUGUCUACUCUGAGGAAGAGUCUGAGAGAGAGAUUGAGGGAGGAAAGGAGAACCAAGAAGAGGAAUGACCCAUUAGUAGUGAGAGUGAGCAAGGAGUUUGAGAUUGGAGUGAACCUUGUUCAAGAGGAGGAGAUGGCUCUCCAAUGA